AUGAGCAAAGAGCUGGAGGAGAGGGACCAGGAGAUCAAAAUCCAGGAGGGGAAAAUAACUAUUCCAGAACAACACCAUACAUCACGAGUGAGAAAUCUGUUUGUGGAUCUUGAUCAUAUAAAAGGAAACUUGAAGGAGAAAAACAUGGAGUUUAUGUCUCUGACUCAGCUGAUCCAAGAACUGGAAAAGGAAAGAGAACAGGUGAAAUCUCUGCAUGCAAGCCUUGAACACUUGAGAGCAGUUCUUAAGGACAGAGAGAGAGAGUGUGAUUCUCAAAGGGAUCGGUUGAGACUCUUGCAGCAGUACAAGGAACAGCAAGAGAGGCACCUGCAAGACCUUCAUGGUAAAGUAGAAAAGAUGACACUUUCUUUAUCUAAAAAAGAUCAAGAGCUUGAAUCACAACAAAAGCAAAUCCAGGAAGCUGAGGAAGUCAUGGAAAUGCAGUUAAGGACUGUCCGUGACCAACUGGAGCAGACCUUAGAAACCUUAAAAGAAAAGGACAGACUCAUAGACAUCCAAAAGCAACAAACACAGAACUAUGAGGAAGAAAAAGAACAACUGAUUAAUGUCUUACGUAGAGACUUAGAAUACAGUAAGGCAAUACUGAAAGAGAAGGAUUUCAUGAUUGAAUCUCAGAAGGAAGUGAUUAAGACCUUCCAAAACCAAGAACGAGACUGUGAAAUGCAGAAGGAAAUUCUGCAGCAUCUUCAAGUGACACUAAAGGAACAAGAGCAAGAAAUUUUAUCCCUUAGAAAGCAAUGUGAGGCAUGCAAGGUAAAGGAGGAAAAACAUGAAACUGAGCAAACAGAUCUUCAAGCAACAAAAUGGACUCUGAAAGAAAGAGAAAAAAAGAUAGAGGUUCUGGAGGAGGCUAUCUCUAAGCUUCAGCAGCAAAAGGAGGAGGCAGUGAUGCAGUGUAAAGUCAUACUGCAAAAACUAGAAUAUGCUGAAUCUUCUCUAGAAGCUAGAGAUCAAGAGAUAGUAUCUUUGCAAGAGCAUGUCCAGAACCUUCGAGAGCAGAAGGAGUUAGAAGGCAACCAGGCCAAGAGUCUACAGCAGGAUCUGGAUGAAAUGAGUCAAAUAGUGAAGAACAAUUGUUUGGAGUUCCUCAGGCAGACAGAGCAAAUGAACAUUUUCCAGCUUCGUGAAGAAAACAUGAAAGUAGCACUAGCAUCGUGCCAGAAGCAAGUGAAUCUGCUUGAGGAAGUAGUGAGGAAGAGAGAUGAAGACAAUGAAACUCUUAUGCAAAAACUCCAGUGCCAAGAAGAGCAACUGAAAACCUUUCAGAAUCUCCAGCUUGGGCUAACCGAUAAGAACGAAGAGGUUAGACAUCACAGAGAGCAAGAGAAGCUGCUCGAAGAAGCCUUGCCUGAGAGGGAACAAGAGACCAAGGCUCAAGGUGAGCAAAAAGCUUUAGAAGAGGAAAUAAGAGGUCUUCAGGAAGAUCUCCAGCAUGUUCAGCAGACUCUGACAAAGAAGGAUGAAGAGAUCAAGUGCCAGAGAGACACAGUCAGCUGUUUAGAGAAGACUCUGACAGGGAGAGAACAAGAGCUUAGGAGGCAGAGUGAACUCCUGAAACAAUUAACAUCAGCUUUGCGAUGGAAAGAUGAAGGGGACAAGCUGAAGAAACAAAUCCAGAAACUCCAAAAAUGGGAGGAAGAAGAAUCAGAGAAGAGGAAAGUCCUCCAGGAGAGAGACUGUCUCUUGAAAAGGCAGAAGGAGCUAACCUACCAACUGGAAGAUGAGCGGAAAGCAAAGGGGGAAGAAUUGAAACGUGUGAUUGCUAUUUUGAAGCAGACUGAAAGCGGAGAAAUCGAAUGGAAGGAGAAGGCCCAAGCACUGACUCUUGCCCUUACCAAGAGUGAAAUGGCCAAUGGGACUUUGAGGGAAGAAAUAGCCAUCCUGCAAAAUAUGGUUUCAGAGAGGGACAAGGACCGGUUUCAUCUUCAGCAGGCUGUCGCAGAAGGGGAGCAGCUCCCCUGGCUCUCAGAGAAGAGACUCCUUUCGCAGCAGCUGGAACACGUGCAGCGAGCAGUUGCAAGGCUGGAACAUGAGAAGAUGGAGCUGAAGCAACUCAAUGCUGAGCUCAGGAGGACUCUUGAGCAGGUGGAACGUGAACGGAGGAGACUGAAGAGGUACUGCAGUGGUCAGUUGCUGCCAGAUGCACGCGGAUUUUCUCUCUCUGAGUCUGACCCGCACAAGAUGCCUGCUUCUAGACAGGUGUCCCUUCUGCAGAUGCAGCUGGCACAAGAACGACAACACAAGCAGGACUAUAUUGAGUGCUGUGCAAAGACCAGCCAGGAGCUGUCAGACCUUCACCAAGAGCUGUCUGGCUCCUUGGCAGCCGUGGUCAGGGAGCCCAAAGCUGCUGUUCUGGAGGCAGAGACCCGGAAGCUGGAUCGGUCGCUGAACCUUAACUUGACUCUAAUAUCCCAGGACC